UCUGGUCGUCGCAGCCCCCAAACUAAUAACCCCCGAUUUUACCAAAAAAAAAAAAAAAAAGGCUAUAAUCUUUUCAUCUAUCAUAUAAGGAUUCGAUCAUCUACAUCAUACGCAUCUUCGAUUCUCUACAUUACAACGCAUACCCAGUUCUUGAAUUUGGUAUUUGGGAGAAAAUUCGAGAUUCUUCGACGAUUUUAACCCUAUAUCUGAAGAGCUGCAGCAAACCCAAUUUAGGUUUCGAUUCGUUCGCGCUCUGAGAUACCCAAUGGCGACUCCAUUGAUGACAGGACUUGCAGUUGCAGCUGCUGCUUAUGCUGGUAGAUAUGGCAUCCAAGCAUGGCAGGCUUUCAAGGCUAGACCAGCUUCACCUGCUGCAUUUAGAAAGUUUUAUCAAGGUGGAUUCCAACCUCAAAUGACAAGAAGAGAAGCUGCUCUGAUUCUUGGAGUAAGGGAAAGUACUGCAGUGGAUAAGGUAAGGGAAGCACAUAGGCGGGUGAUGGUGGCAAACCACCCUGAUGCUGGCGGCAGCCACUACCUUGCUUCCAAAAUCAAUGAAGCAAAAGAGAUGCUCAUGAGGAAGAGUAGCAACACUGGCUCUGCUUUCUGAUCUACAUCCUCAUUUUUAACAUCUGUUAUACUUUAGACCUUUCAUGUCUUCCUCAUUUCUGUAUGAUUCAUGAUUCAUGGAAUUGGAUAGAAUGUGAUAUGUGGAGCUUAUGAAUCUUGUUGUUAUAAUAGGCUAUCACUUAUUUUAAA